AUGACAGCACCCGGGACACCUCGCCGCCGGUCGAUCAAUACAGCCGAAGAGGAAGGGCCGCUCGCGCCAUGUGUCUUCAUGCCGCAAACAUCAACUCCAAUGAUGCUGAUGUCGUCACGUCGCCAACAGCCCGACUAUCGCGGUAUCCUCUUGACGUCUCGUACUAAAGACUUUGAGGAGACGCGCGGUGACGACAGCGACGAAACUGCUGAAGAGCAUUCGAGCGACUCGGGCUACGGAACGGAUGGCUACCGAGCGUGCGACAGCGAACCAACUACUCCCACGAGCAGUAUUUCCACCGCAUCUUCCGUCAGCAGAUCCUCAAUCAAGUUCCUCAACUACAUCUGUGUCUGGAAUGACGCUCAUACUCCGAGACAGACUGUCCGACUUCGCAUCCUCGCUAUCGUCUCGAUCGUUCUCGCGCUCCUCCUCGCUCUUGCUCUCGCAUCCGCCGGGACCGAUCACAUCCCAUCCCAUGUUACGAUAUCCUUCGAAUUCGCAUUGAAAUCCCUGGAGGCCUUCUCAGAGCUAUUAGAAGUCUGUUUGGAAGCUGCAGGCUUUGUUGUCGGACGCGCGGCUGCACGAUUUGGGAGAGGUUUUGUAAAAGGUUACAAUAUAUGA